AUGGCUCGCCAACACGCCGUGGAGCGCCACGACGACUUCCUGUCGCAGUCGGACCUGUCGUCGUCGUCAGGCGAGGACGACCCCGCCGCGGCCCGUGCGCUGUACAACGCCGUCCGCGACCGCGCUCCUUCUUCCGGCUCUGCCCUGCGCAGGCCCUACCGCGACGAGGACGUCUUCGCGACGGACUCAAGCGACGGUGCGGCGGCGGGCGCGCGCAGGUCGGCCGCGCCGCCUGUCCUCGGGUCGAGCGACGAGGAGUCGACGGACGAGGACGAGGAGAAGCUCAUCGGCGGCGGGAGGGAGCGCACGGCGACCAAGAAGGGCAAGAAGGAGAAGAGGCGCUGGGAAAUGAGGAGCGGUGCGGGUGCCACGGCUUCCCCGGGCGGCAGCAACACGGGCGUGAUUGUCGGCGCCAUCGUCGUCUUCGUCGUCGUGGUCUGCGGCAUUGGCGGGUACUACGCCUACUCGCAGGGCGUCUUCGGCGACUCGACGGACUCGAGCACGACGAGCGGGACCUCGGCUGUCGCCGGUCGCACGACCGGAGCGGCGGGUGCGACGGGCGGCGCGAACGCCGCCACGACGGCGGGCACGACGGCGGCGACGUCGAGUGCGGCUGCUUCCGGUGCGUCGAGUGGCUCGGCUUCAGGGUCCGCAUCCGGGUCCGCCUCGACCUCCGGCGCCAGCGUCUCGGGCUCUGCUGCUUCGUCGGCCAGCUCGGGCGCGCCCAAUGACGCCGAUUACACGCUCGAGACGGUCACGACGACCGACGACGACGGCGCGACACAGACGCUCACGGGCUUCGAGUCGCUCGCGACCGACGGCGGCUCGACCGUGACGACCUUUAUCGAGACCGACGCCGUCCCGACCGGUGGCGCCAGGGGCGACAAGCACUCGGGCGUGCCCGACGCCGUCCAGGGUGUCGUGAGCGCGAUCAAGUCGGCCGGUGCGUCCGGCGGCGGCGACGACGACGACGCCGACGAGGGCAUGCCGCGCCUCGACAGCGAGACGCUCGUCACGACGAUCGACGGCAAGGAGACGACCGUGCGCGGCUUGUGGAAGACGGAGCUCAUCGGCGGGUCCGACCCGACGUCGUCGUUCGUCGUCAUGCACGUCGGCGGCGACAAGCGCAGGAGGAACUCGCCGUGGCCCGCUCAGACCGCGCCGCCGGUCCUUCGUCGGCGCCUUGUUUAGAUCUCUCUCGUAGCCUCUUCCUCUCCCUCUCGGCGGCAGCUCUGGAAUCGACCCGGUCUCUCUC